AUGUUGAUAUUGUUUGCGUUAAGCGCAACAACAGCUCAAUCGGCGAUCCUGACUUCUAAACCCCUCGAGGACGUGUUAAAAACCAUCGACAUCGAUAGCAGUCCGCUUACGCGUGUGAAACGAAAUGGUGGAAACAUUCGUGGAAACUUCAGAGGGCAAACUCAGUCGCAGUACCUUCAUUUCGGUAACAGCCAGGACGGAAAAGCAGAAGCUGAAGCCACACAGCACAGCUCCCGAGCGGUAGUCGUUGGUUCCAAUGGCAUGGGCCAGGCGCAGAGCCAGUCCCUGGGAGGUGAUUGCAGUACCUGUUACGGAUCGGUCGAUGGUGGAGGCAGUUAUGUUUAUGAUACUAGGCCCGAUCCUCUGAAGGUUCCUGAUGGACAACGGCCAGGAGACAAGCUGCGUUUGCCAGAUGCGUACGAUGCGGGCACUAACGGUCAUUCCAUGAGACCUGGAGGAGUGGAUGCUUAUGGUCGACCAGUGGGUGGACCAGGAUCGGGUGGAGUUGCGUUGGAUGCCUACGGAAGACCGGUUAGUGGGUUUGAUGCACAUGGCAGACCAGUCGGAGGACCAGGAUCAGGUGGAACCGGUGUCGAUAGUCACGGAAGACCUUCACAACCGGGUGGACCGGGUGGUGAUGGAAGACCUGGCAUGGGAGGACCGGGUGUUGAUGGCUACGGGAGACCCACGGGUGUUGACGCUCACGGACGACCUUUAGGUAGAGGACCGGGAGCGGGAGGACCGGGAGCUGGAGGACCGGGGAUGGUUGGACCGGGAGUGGAUGCCUAUGGAAGACCCACGGGAGGAUCAGGUGUUGAUGCACAUGGACGGCCUCUAGGAGGACCGGGAACAAGCCCUGGUGGACCGGGUGUUGAUGCUCACGGAAGACCCCUGGGAGGACCAGGUGGACCAGGUGGACCAGGUGGACCAAGUGGACCGGGUGGGCCAGGUGGACCAGGUGUUGAUGCCCAUGGAAGACCAGUAGGAGGAACUGGCGUUGAUGCACACGGAAGACCAGUCGGAGGACCCGGGUCAGGUGGAUCUGGUGUUGAUGCAUACGGUAGACCCACAGGACCAACAGCAGGAGGUGUUGAUGCUCAAGGAAGACCUGUUGGAACAGGAGGUCCAGGUGUAGAUGCUUACGGGAGACCAACGGGUGGAGUAGAUGCUCACGGAAGACCUGCUGGAGCGGGUGGUCCAGGCGUAGAUGCUCACGGAAGACCUGCUGGAGCUGGUGGUCCAGGCGUAGAUGCUUAUGGGAGACCCACAGGAGGAGCAGCUGGAGCAGUUGAUGCUCAUGGAAGACCUGUCCACGGAAGACCAGAAGGUGUUGACUCUUACGGAAGGCCAAUCGGUGGGCCAGGUGUUGAUGGUCUCGGAAGACCGAUUGGAGGUCCUGGAGGUCCCGGUGUAGGAGGUCCCGGAGUUGGAAGUCCUGGAGCUGGAGGUGUGGAUGCUCAUGGUAGACCACUUGGAGGAGGACCAGGAACUGAUGGAACAGGCGGUAAUGGACGGCUUGGAGGACCCGGUGGGGGUACUCCCGGAGGUCCUGGAGGAUCUGGCACGACUGACAUUCGUGGAAGACCAGGAACGGUAGGCUCAAACGUUGAUGCUCACGGUAGACCGCUUGGAGGACACGGAGGUAUGGGAACUCCCGGUGCUACAGGACACGGUAGACCCUCAGGCGCAGAAGGACCCUCUGGUGUAGGUGGACCCGGAUACGACAGUCACGGUAGACCUGGUGCAGGAUCCCCUGGUGGUGUAGGAGGUCAUGGUGGUCAUGGAGUUCAUCCUCAUUUGGUUGGACCUCCAGUGCCAGGUGGUGGAAUAUACGCUCCUCAUUCGGUUACGCUACCGGGACAGGACCAUACCGUGGUGAAUCCUACAGGUGGACUAACUGUUCUGGUAGGCACCGGUCAUUCAAAGCAAACCGUCAUCGGAUCGGACAGCCGGCUGGAUGGUCAUGGACCGGUGAAAAUUAUCCCCGGCCCACCGGAUAGCCACGGACCUCCGAAACAAACGGUGUACGCUCGUCCCGACGGCGUGACGGUGUUGGUAGGCACGGGUGGCGCUCAACAAACUGUCUACCAUCUGCCAUCGCAUGGGUCACAUGUUCCGGGAGCUGGCCCCCAAUCAGUCCUCUAUCCUGGUGCAGGUGGUGGAGCUCCUGUCGGAGCCGGAACUGGACAUGGACUGUACCCAGGAGGAGGAGGUUCUGGCCAACAUCCAGCAGUGGGUACUGGAGCAGGCACAUCACAGCUUCCGGGAGGUGCUGGGUCAUAUCCUGGAAGCGGCGGUGUUGGAGGUGGCCAACACCUCCCAGGAAGCCCAGGAAGUGGCGGUCAAUAUCCAUCUGGUGCGGGGGGAUUCCCAGGAGCUGGCGUGGGUCCAUCGGGUACAUUUCCCGGCAGUGGCGCAGGUUAUCCGGGAGGCACUCCUGGAGGACAGUACCCAGGAACGGUUGGUGGAACCGGAGGCACAGCGCAAUAUCCAGGAGGUGCCGGAGCAGGCACUGGCCAUUAUCCAGGAGGCUCUGGUGCUGGCCCUAGCCAUCUACCAGGAGGUACUGGCGUAGGAACCGCGUCAUAUCCAGGAGGAACAGGAACAGGAACAGGAACCGGUCAGUAUCCCGGAGGUGCUGGAACAGGAACGGGUGCUUAUCCUGGCGGACCAGGAACUGGCACAGGACACUAUCCGUCAGGAUCGGGAUAUCCUGGAGGAGCUGGUCAAUAUCCAGGUGGAGCUGGACAAUAUCCGGGAGGAUCUGGAAGCGGAUCCUAUCCGGGCAGCGGAACGGGACAGUAUCCUUCUGGUACGGGAGUUGGCAUAGGAGCAGGAACGGGACAGUACCCUGGUGGAGUGGGUGCCGGAACAGGCCAAUAUCCUGGAGGCGCUGGAACAGGAGCCGGACAGUACCCUGCAGGAGUGGGUACUGGAACUGGUCAAUACCCAGGAGCUGCUGGAACUCCGGGAACCGGCGUAGGGACAGGACAAUAUCCUGGAGGAUUUGGAACUGGUGCGGGAGGUGGUCAGCAUCCGGGAACCGUAGGAGGCGGCACCGGUCAGUAUCCUUCCGGUUCGGGAGUUGGCCCAGGAUCAAUGGGUACAGGACCCGGUCAAUAUCCUGGCGCAGGAGGUGGUCAAUAUCCCGGAGGUGUGGGAACUGGCGGAGCUCAGUAUCCUUCUGGGACGGGGGUAGGAGCAGGACAGUAUCCUGGAUCAGGAUCAGGUGCUGGUGCUGGCCAAUAUCCCGGAGGCACAGGCCAAUAUCCAUCUGGAGGUGUUGGUACGGGAGUAGGUCAAUAUCCUGCAGGAGGAGCAGGGAGCGGUCAAUAUCCUGGUGGAACAGCGGGACAAUUUCCCACGGGAACUGGCGUUGGCACGGGCCAAUAUCCUGGAGGUGGAGCAGGUGUCGGAGGCACUGGUCAAUAUCCGGGAGGUGGAGCAGGUGUCGGAGGCAUUGGUCGAUAUCCUGGAGGUGGAGCAGGUGUCGGAGGCACUGGUCAAUAUCCGUCCGGAACUGGAUCAUCAGGAGGUUAUUAUCCGGCAGGAACGGGCACGGGAGGCGGACAAUAUCCGGGAGGAGUAGGAAGUGGUGUUUACCCAGGCGGAACUGGAACUGGUGGCCAAUAUCCUGGUGGAGUUGGAGCUGAUGGCCAAUAUCCAGGUGGAACAGGAUCAGGUCAGUACCCAGGUGGAGCAGGAUCAGGUCAGUUCCCGGGAGGAGCUGGUAGUGGAGCAGGUGUAUAUCCCGGUGGCCAGUACCCUGGAGGUGGUGCCCAAUAUCCCGGAGGACCGGGUACGGGUGUUCAGUAUCCUGGAGGUGCCGGCUCGCAUCUCGGCGGCGCUGGCGGACAACAUUAUCCUGCAGGAUCCUCCGUCGAUCAGUAUCCAAGCACUCUCGAUCAAGGAGCCGGAGGUGCUGGUCUCCCUCCUCAAGAAAUUCAGCUACCCGAGGAGGAAGACGACUCAUUUUCUCAAGCCGAAUCGUCGGUGAAGAAUGGCGAUGUGAUAGCUUCGGCGCAGGGUCGUAAGAACGGAGGCACCGCACAAACGCAGGUGUCCGGCACGUACACAGGAACCGGAUCAUUUAGCGCAUCCGCUCAGACAAGCGAUAAGGAUCGUGCAGCUCAGGCUCAGGUUUCCGGUGGUAAGGAAGGCGCGAUGAGUUCCGCCCAAGGUACUGGAGGUGUUGGAAAAUCACAAUCGCUGGUUCAGGUUGACUCGAAGACGGGCGGUACUUCUGCCACCUCCCAGAGCGGAGGAUUGGGACACGAAAGCCAAUCGGAGGUGGUUGCCAACGAAAAGGGUGGAUUAGCCGAUGCUCAGUCGAGCGGACCGGGUCAGACGUCUUCGCAGGCGCAAAUCGGAUUCCGCCCACAGGGUGAAGGAACGGUUGAUCAGCAAAACAUCUUCAAUGGAGGUGGACAGGCGUCGGCCCAAUCGGGCGCACACUCCGGUCAAAGCCAGUCGCAAAUUAGUGGCAACUUUAAAUUCGGCAUUGCGUAUCAUGGAGCUGCCCAGGCUGCUUCCGGUACGAAGGAUCAGGUCAACAAGUACCGCGAAAAGAGCAAGCCGCUGUUCCAGUCGAUCGGCCUGUUCGGGAAAUCGAUCGGUCCUACGGUUCGGAAGGAAUCGAUCGACACCAACGGAAUGCGAAUGCGCACCUCUGAGCAAAGCUCGGUGAGCUUCAUCAGCACAACGCCUGCAACGGGUGAGGAAGAGGAAUACGAGGACGCAGACGACGAAGAGGAAGACUACGAGGACGAAUACGAGACGACAUCGAAGGUCACGCGCAGUGGCGACAAAACGACAACGGAUGCUAAAACACCCGCCAAAACAACGCCCGCUGGCCAACUGGUCACGGAACCAUCCACUGCAUCGGUUCGACCGAACGGAAAUGGGCGCGUCUUCACCCAAGGAACUCCGACGCAACAGCAGACGGCAUUCGUACCGCACGGUGACAACUUCCGGUUGGUGCAGACACAGAACGGUCGCUCGACGGUCCACGCGGUAACCACCGAGCGUCAGACGGUGUUGAACGCGGUCAGCACGACUCCGAGGUACACCACACGGUAUCUGCCCACGAAAAACGACAAUCCUACAACGGCCAUGACUGGCGAUGAUGUUGAAGAGGAUGCUGAGCCAGGCACGCCAGAUCAGAAGACGGGACACCCGGACAGCUACAUCUCGGUUACGAAGCAGGUGACGGGCAUCGACGAGAAGAGCAAGGUACCGGCUAUACCGGGCAAGAACUACGAAUCGACGUACUACACGAAAUCCUCCACCUGCGGGUACUUUACCUUCUCCUGCAACAUCGUGUACGGUGAGAACGGGCGAAGUAAGAUCUGCAGACCGAAGCCUCCGGCGAAUGGCAAGUGUUGAGGCAUGGCUAAACCAUGGCAUUGCUGCUAAUCGU